CAUCACGCCGCCGACGUCGUCGCCGCUUGGCGCAUCGAGACCAGAGAAGGAAGAGAAGGAGCCAGAGGCUCCACGGAAAUAGCCUGGCUCCAAGGGGUGACCCCUCCGAGACCCUGAGCGGCCAGAUGGCGGCCAACGUGGGAGACCAGCGGAGCGCCGAGUGGGCCCCACAGUAUAAUCUGGGGACGGGGCCGGCCCGGGAGAACGGCAUGGAGGCCCCGAUGCACGAGAACCCCGAGUGGGAGAAAGCGCGGCAGGCCCUGGCCAGCAUCAGCAAAGCCAAUGCUGCUACCAGUUCCAGCAAAAGUUCCAGUAACGGCCCCAGCGCCGGCGCUCAGUACACAGCUCAGCAGGCGGAUGCCACGGCCCUCCAGCAGCAGCAGUAUUAUCAGUGGUACCAGCAGUAUAACUAUGCCUAUCCGUACAACUAUUACUACCCCAUGAACAUGUACCAGGGCUACAGUUCACCGGGGCAGUACAGCAUGGCCGGCUCCUACGCCUCCACCACCCCUCAGCAGCCAGCUACACCCGGGCAGCACCAGGGCAGCCUCAGUCAGCCUCCACUACCCAGCAUGGACGAUGGCCUUGCCUACCCGGCCCCCCCGCAACCCCUUCCGGCGGCGCAACCCCCCCAGCCGCCACCACCUCCACACCCCGGCCACUCCCUGGGCAGCGGGAGCCAGCCGGGGGCCUCCUCCGGUGCCCAGCAGCACAGCCAGUCGGGUCCAGCCGGCUCCACCUACGGGCCCCACGUCUAUUCCGAGCCCGCCAAGCCAAAGAAGGGUCAGCAGCUGUGGAACCGGAUGAAACAAGCCCCCGGGGCAGGAGGCCUCAAGUUCAACAUCCAGAAGCGGCCAUUUGUGGUGACCAAUCAGAAUUUCGGCUCCAGCAGCGAAGGGCAGCCGCACGGCAACUUUGGGACUCAGCCCAGUUCUGAAAAGGCCCAGAAUCACAGCCUGCCCCCAACGCGGGGCUCGACCUCGGGAAAGCCGGAGGACUGGCCGCAGGACAUGAAGGAGUACGUCCAACGCUGCUUCACCGCCUGCGAGUCGGAGGAGGACAAGGACCGCACGGAGAAGCUGCUCAAAGAGGUGCUGCAGGCUCGGCUCCAGGACGGGACCGCCUACACCAUCGACUGGAGUCGGGAGCCGCUGCCCGGGCUGGGUCGGGAGCCCGUGGCCGAGAGCCCCAAGAAGAAGCCGCCGCCACCACCGCCACGCUGGGAGGGCUCUCCCGCCCUGCACCCGUCCCGGGGUGGAGCAGGAGGGACCACGGGGAGGGGUGGGGGCGGGGGCGGGGCAGCCCAGUCCCAACGGGGGACUGGGAGCGGGGGGAGGGGCCGGGGCAGCAGCUUCCCCACCAAGUUUGGCAACCGCAAUGUGUUCAUGAAGGAGAACAGCUCGUCGUCCAGCAGCGACUCCCGCUCCCGCUCGUCCUCGCGCUCCCCCUCCCGCCACUUCCGCCGCAGUGACUCGCACUCGGACUCCGACAGCUCAUACUCGGGCAGCGAGUGUCCCCCGGGGGGGCGUAGGAACAUCCCCAAAGGCCGGGGCGGCCGCGGGGCGCACAUGGACCGGGGCCGGGGCCGCAUGCAGAGGGGCAAGAGGCACGAGCUGGGCUCGGCCAAGCGAAACCGGAAAAAGCCGGCCGCCAUGGACUACGAGGACCCCGAGCGGGAGCUGAAGAAGCAGAAGCGGGCGGCGCGGUUCCAGCCCGGCCACGGCCACGGCCACGGCCACACGAAGCGGCUGCGGCUGGAGCCCCUGGUGCUGCACAUGAGCAGCCUGGAGCCGGGGCCCGCCGACCCCGACUGGAACGAGCUGAAGAUCGUGGGCACCUGCCCUGACAUCACCAAGCACUACCUCCGCCUCACCUGUGCCCCAGACCCUUCCACCGUGCGCCCUGUGGCAGUACUGAAGAAAUCCUUGGUCAUGGUGAAGGGUCACUGGAAGGAGAAGCAAGAUUACGCAUUUGCCUGUGAGCAGAUGAAGAGCAUUCGCCAGGACCUGACUGUUCAGGGUGUCCGGACGGAAUUUACCGUAGAGGUGUACGAGACGCACGCCCGCAUCGCCCUCGAGAAGGGAGACCACGAGGAGUUUAACCAGUGCCAGACCCAGCUCAAAUCCCUGUAUGCAGAGAGCUUGCCCGGCAACGUGGGCGAGUUCACAGCCUAUAGGAUCCUCUACUACAUCUUCACCAAAAACUCAGGAGACAUCACCACAGAGCUGGCCUACCUGACGAAGGAGCUGAAGACUGACCCCUGUGUGGCCCACGCCCUGGCGCUCAGAGCAGCCUGGGCCCUGGGCAACUUCCACCGCUUCUUCCGUCUGUACCGCACGGCCCCCCGCAUGUCUGGCUACCUGGUGGACAAGUUUGCCGAGAGGGAGAGGAAAGCAGCCCUCAAGGCCAUGAUCAAAACCUUCCGGCCGGCGCUGCCGGUGUCGUACGUGCGGGGGGCGCUAGCAUUGGACAGUGAGGAGGCCUGCCAGGCGUUCCUGGCUCCCCUGGGCCUGGCCUACACGGGGCCCGACGCCGGCCACAUCGACUGCCGCCUCAGCCUGGCGCUGCUACCCAACUUCUAGACCUCUGACACCCCCAAUAAAAUCCAGUUUUUCUUCCUUCCCCCACUCCCCUCUUCCCCACAGCAUAGCUCCUCCGCCCAGAGCCGGCGCAGAAGACGGGGAGAAACGGGGGCAGGGGGAGAAGGCCCCCGUGGGGAUGGGGACAAGGGGAGGCGGGGGGGAGGGCCGCCUCUGUGAGGGCGGCUUCUGGUGACGAGGAAGACGAAGGGCAGCGGGGGGGUGGGUGCUAUAGUCUUCUUCCCUCCAGAGGCACCAACACCACCCCCCCCCCAGCCACAGUGCAGCUUACACUGGUUUAACUGGUUUCCUGGAGCAGUGGACUCAGUUGUACAUUUAUUUUUUUCUCCUUGGGGAGAGUAAGAUGUUUGUGUUUCCAGAGAUUUCCCUCCCCCAUUACCCCCCCCCCCCCCAAUGUGUACAGAAGCACCUCAGCCCCCUUUGGGGGUUUUGUACAGAAUUUUUUCUAUGUUUUUAUUUUCCCAAUGGGCUUGAAAAGGGGCAGGAAGGGCCUGCUGGGGCUGAGUGGGGGGGUUGGGGGUCUGGGGGAGGGGAGAAUCGAUCACUUCCAUCCCCCACCUGACACUAACGCUCUCUCAGUGUUUUCUCUCUCUCUCGAGUUUUCCGACCCAGGCGCCUGGCACUGACCCCCUCACCCCCCAUGCCGAGGGGGUGAGGGAGAGGAGGAAAAGAUGGGGGGCAACCAGCAUGGGGGAGACCGGUGAACUCCCCUUCAGAGCCCCCCGACCGAGCUCCCUCCAGAGACUGUUACAGCUGCUCGGGGUUGCCUUGAGUAUACGUGUUUUUUUUAGGGUGGGGGGGGAACGCUGCAUAAGAUGAGAGACUUUAAUACCCCCCUCGCCACCCCCCCCACCCCACCCCCGGAGAUGAGAGCAAUGACAUCAGAGGAGCCGGGGCCAACGAGGGAGCCUGCCUGCCGUCUGCCGCGUCCCCGAGACCACAGACCACGCCUUAAGUUGCCUCCUCUGUGUUUUUACCCCUCUCCCCCACUCCUACCCUCCACCCCCCUCCAGUGUCUGUUUUGAUUUCUCCCUCUCCUCCUCUCCUCCUCCCCGCCCCCCUCCCUCCCUGGUUCUGCACAGGUAAAAGUGGUAACAUCCUCCCCUCCCUGUUUCCUUCUUCCCAGUUCACCGGUUCACAUCGUGUUUUCCCCUUUUUCGUUUAAUUUUUUGGUUCUUUUCUUUCCCUUCUCAACCUUUUUUUUCCUUUGAGCUCCUUCCCUCCCCCCCACCCUCCCCCCUCCCCACUGUAAUUCAAUAAUGUAAAAUGGUAUAAACAGCUGGACUGUCAGGCCGCCUUUCCUUUCCAGAUGGUUUCUUCCCUCCACUACCUUCCUGGGCCCUGAAAUGGUUUGGAAAAGAAAUAAAAAAAGAGAGAGAGAGACUCAUAAA